GGACAAGUUCAUUGUCUGGCACCAAGCUCCUUGGGGUGAAUUUUCUUCCAAAAGAGUCCGGGGAGUCCAGACGCGGAGGUUGGGGUCAUGGCGCCCCGAAGCCUCCUCCUGCUGUUCUCAGGGGCCCUGGCCCUGACCAAGACUUGGGCAGGCUCCCACUCCUUGAGGUAUUUCAGCACCGCUGUGUCGCGGCCCGGCCGCGGGGAGCCCCGGUACAUCGCCGUGGAGUACGUAGACGACACACAGUUCCUGCGGUUCGACAGCGACGCCGCGAUUCCGAGGAUGGAGCCUCGGGAGCCGUGGGUGGAGCAAGAGGGGCCGCAGUAUUGGGAGAGGACCACAGGGUACGCCAAGGCCAACGCACAGACUGACCGAGUGGCACUGAGGAACCUGCUCCGCCGCUACAACCAGAGCGAGGCCGGGUCUCACACCCUCCAGGGAAUGAAUGGCUGCGACAUGGGGCCCGACGGACGCCUCCUUCGCGGGUAUCACCAGCACGCGUACGACGGCAAGGAUUACAUCUCCCUGAACGAGGACCUGCGCUCCUGGACCGCGGCGGACACCGUGGCUCAGAUCACCCAGCGCUUCUAUGAGGCAGAGGAAUAUGCAGAGGAGUUCAGGACCUACCUGGAGGGCGAGUGCCUGGAGUUGCUCCGCAGAUACUUGGAGAACGGGAAGGAGACGCUACAGCGCGCAGAUCCUCCAAAGGCACACGUUGCCCACCACCCCAUCUCUGACCAUGAGGCCACCCUGAGGUGCUGGGCCCUGGGCUUCUACCCUGCGGAGAUCACGCUGACCUGGCAGCGGGAUGGGGAGGAACAGACCCAGGACACAGAGCUUGUGGAGACCAGGCCUGCAGGGGAUGGAACCUUCCAGAAGUGGGCCGCUGUGGUGGUGCCUUCUGGAGAGGAACAGAGAUACACGUGCCAUGUGCAGCACGAGGGGCUGCCCCAGCCCCUCACCCUGAGAUGGGAGCAGUCUCCCCAGCCCACCAUCCCCAUCGUGGGCAUCGUUGCUGGCCUUGUUGUCCUUGGAGCUGUGGUCACUGGAGCUGUGGUCGCUGCUGUGAUGUGGAGGAAGAAGAGCUCAGAUAGAAACAGAGGGAGCUACUCUCAGGCUGCAGGUAAGAUGAAGGAGGCUGAUCCCUGAGAUCGUUGGGAUAUUGUAGUCAGGAGCCUAUGAGGGAGCUCACCCACCCCACAGUUCCUCUAGCCACAUCUGUGGGCUCUGAUCAGGUCCUGUUUUUGUUCUACCCCAAUCACUGACAGUGCCCAGGGCUCUGGGGUGUCUCUCACAGCUAAUAAAGGUGACACUCCAGGGCAGGGGCCCUGAUGUGAGUGGGGCGUUGGGGGGGAACAGAGGGGACUCAGCUGUGCUAUUGGGUUUCUUUGACUUGGAUGUCCUGAGCAUGAAAUGGGCUAUUUAAAGUGUUACCUCUCACUGUGACUGAUACGAAUUUGUUCAUGAAUAUUUUCUCUAUAGUGUGAGACAGCUUCCUUGUGUGGGACUGAGAAGCAAGAUAUCAAUGUAGCAGAAUUGCACUUGUGCCUCACAAACAUACAUAAAUUUUAAAAAUAAAGAAUAAAAAUAUAUCUUUUUAUAGAUA